AUGGACGGGAGAUGCAUGUUCACCUCACUGGGGCUAAUCCUGUUCUUCGUCGUUCUUGUCCUUCAGCUAGACUCACAUACGCGGCGCCAUCUCCAGUCUCUCGAAUCGCGGAACCAUGCGCUGACAGAGGCGUUAUCAGCGAUGGACAAGGAAAUCACGGAGCUGAAGAGCGAAAGACUGAGAAGGGAGGUGGCACUGAUGAAGGCGAUUGGGACGUCGAGAGAGGAGGUUCGAGGGUUGAAGCGAGAGUUUAGGGAGUACGUGGACAUGUUACAUGAAGAGAUAGAACUGGAGAGGAGCGUGGAUAUGGAAGAGAAGCUUUGUCUGAUUCGGGGGAUGAAAGACCUUGCUGGAGUGAGAGAGUCUGAGGUGUAUGAUGGCGGAUCGGACCAGAUGUUGGAGGGGUUGGGCAUUGAUUUUGGCGGUCUUAACGGGGAUUCAGACGUGAGCGAGACGAUUGAGAGUGAGGCCGACAAAGAGACUCUCAGAUUGAGGAUCAACGCGGAAGAUGCUUGGGAACGAUGGGAACGAUCCGACCAAAGUCGCAGGAGAGGCAGCGGCGAACCUGAGUACGAGCAGAAUACGGAUCAGGCCGUCGGAGAGUCUGAUGGUACAAGUGACCCAGAACGGGAUGGCGACAUUUUAGGUGAUCUCGAGAACGAAGUAGCAGUCGAAGACUCGGAUGCGCAACCCACUCAAGGAGACCGAUUGUUCCCAUCAAAGCGCGAGUUUCCCCUCACAAAGCAAGGACAGAGCAUGAAGCGAAGCUUCACAGAUCCUGGAGUGGAGGCUCAGUUGGACAAUAUAUUUGAACUAGAAUGA